CGAUCUCGGAGUGACACUAGUACGUACUAGCUCACGGUGUCCUUGCCAUUAGCCUACGGGCAAACGCAUCUUCACUGGCCUCGAAUGGCGCUUCCAGACCUUACCUAUAUCGCUGCUCCCAUGAUCAAGCAAAGUGAUGCUCCCUUCCGGUUGUUGACACAGCGACAUGGAGCAACUCUCGCGUAUACGCAGAUGCUUGACCCUCACAAGCUUCUUGAGGAUCGAGAUUACCUUGAGUUUCAUCAGCGUGAUUUGACUUUUGGUCGCGAUGCUGGUAACGAGACGGAUGGAUCGGUAGUGGUCCAGCUAUGUGGCAAUGAUCCUGAGAUCAUCGUUCAAGCUGGAAAGAAGAUACAGGGCUUGUGCAGCGGUAUUGAUUUGAACCUAGGAUGCCCACAAGAGCAUGCUCGUGAAGGUCACUACGGUGGUUAUCUCUUAGCCAAAAAGGACUGGCCACUCGUCCAGACCAUAGUUUCUGCGAUGUCCCAUCUAUUGCAGCCACCGACUUCCGUAAAACUACGUCUCUGUCCUUCAUCGUCACCCCCAUCAUCUACAGUUGAAUUUGCCACCCUUCUGGAACAGGCAGGUGCAUCUUGGGUAACUCUUCAUGCGCGUCACGUAUCCGCCAUACGACGGCGUCAGGGUGCCGCAGAUUUAGAUGUGGUUCGCACUCUGAAGGCGGCACUCAGAGUACCAGUCGUGAGCAAUGGCAACGUUCGCACAUGGGAGGAUGUACAAAGGAACAAAGAAGAGACCCGAGCUGAUGGCAUUAUGGUGGGAGAAACCUUGCUAGGCAAUCCUUGCAUAUUUGCAAAUGUCAUCCCAGAUCCUGUCCAAGUAUCUCUUGAAUACCUAGAAAUCUGCAAAGAACUUCCUGAUAUUGCGACUCAUAAGACUAUCGAGACUCACUGUCAGACAUUUUAUUGAAUUUCAGUGCUCUCGGCGGCCAUGGUACAACAAAUUUCGCACAGCUGCUGCCUGCAUGUGAAGGGAUUCACGACAUCGAGCACUUACUACGCACAAAAGUGACCAGAUGGCGGGGCAAGGCUGCACUCAAAAAUCAUGACGCAUGCACUGAUGAUC